GGCGCUGGCGUAGGCGUGGGGGAGGGGGCAGCGCGCACAGGACGCAGGGCCCAGGCGGUGGCGGCGCGGGCAGGCGCGCGGCGGCCUCAUUUCCUCGCGCACACAGGAAGUGGCCGUUAUUCCAGGAGGUGAGGCAGCCUGAGCUAGGGGUGGUGCGAAGAGCGGGGGAGAGGGGGAGGAAGAGGCGGAGGAAGUGGCACCUUUGGCCCCGCCGCGGGGGCUCUGCAGCAGUACCGGCGACUGCCGGCCCUGGACUCCUCCAGCGCUCUCUCUCCCCAAGGCUCCGCGGCUCGGCCUCGGGGCAUCUCCUCGUCCUCUCCUCGCUCUGCUGGCAUGGAAAAUUAGUGAUGGUCCAUGAUAGUUUCAAGAUGACUAGUUAUGUACCUGCCCAGAAAUUAUGAACUUCAGACAGCCUGAUAUUUGCUCUGAAAGAACGAAAAUGUUCCUAACAUCUUGAUCACUUGAUUACAUAGUUAAUGAGGUUUCUUCAAUUUGAUUGUUUGAACUAUAGAAGCUGAUGGAGCUAGAAGAUAAAAUACUUGAUUUGGUUUUGCUGAAGGAGGAUACCACACUAUCCAGCAAAUCACCCAUAUAAUGGAUUUUAUCUGACUUGCUAGGUGAUUUUUCAUUAUCUCUUGGACUUUGUGGUAAUAGACAGCACAGGAAAUGUUCAUUUAAUCUUACUAUAUCUUCAAACAAUCAUUGCUAAUGCAUAAAGAUAAUUUUUUGAGCUACUGCAGAACUAUUGCUUGUGCCAUUUAUAAGAAUUUUAUUCUUUUGAAAGAUUUUGAUGAUGAUGUUUCUCUAAAGUAUGAACAAGAAAAGAACUUGUAGCAUUGAGAAACUACCUAUUGAUAAGAAUGCCCAGAAGAGGUUUAAUGCUUCAAGCCAGGACUCGUUGGCUGCUAUUGGGUCUUGCCCUGCUGUGCAUUUUGAUAUUAUUUAUGUACCUUCUUGAGUGUGCUCCACAGACUGAUGGCAAUGUGUCUCUUCCUGGUAUCAUCGGAGAGAAUUAUGGUAAAGAGUACUAUCAAGCUCUCCUACAAGAACAAGAAGAACAUUAUCAAACUAGGGCAACUAGCCUGAAACGUCAGAUUGCCCAACUCAAGCAAGAAUUACAAGAGAUGAGUGAGAAAAUGAGAUCAUUGCAAGAAAAAAAGAACACAAGAGCAAAUGGUAUGGGUUAUCAAGGCACCAAAGAACAAAUACCCAGUGAUCUUUUAGAGUUUCUUCAUUCUCAAAUUGACAAAGCUGAGGUAGGCGUAGGAGCCAAGCUACCUAGUGAGUAUGGUGUCAUCCCUUUUGAAAGUUUUACCUUAAUGAAAGUUUUCCAAUUAGAGAUGGGUCUCACUCGACACCCAGAGGAAAAGCCUGUUAGAAAAGAUAAGAGAGAUGAGUUGGUGGAAGUUAUUGAGGCUGGCCUGGAAGUUAUUAAUAAUCCUGAUGAAGAAGAUGAUCAAGAAGAAGAUGAUGGACCAGUUGGGGAAAAACAACUAUUUAAUGAAAAUGAUUUUGUAGAAGGUUAUUAUCGUACUGAGAGAGAUAAAGGGACACAGUAUGAACUCUUUUUUAAGAAGGCAGACCUCAUGGAAUACAGGCAUGUCACUUUGUUCCGACCCUUUGGACCUCUUAUGAAAGUAAAGAGUGAAACAAUUGACAUUACUAAAUCAGUUAUUAAUAUCAUCGUACCUCUUGCUGGAAGGACAGAGGCAUUUGCACAGUUCAUGCAGAACUUCAGGGAUGUAUGUAUUCUUCAAGAUAAGAGGAUUCACCUUACAGUGGUAUAUUUUGGUGAAGAAGGACUAUCCAAAGUCAAGAUCAUCUUAGAAUCAGUUUCUCGUGAAGCUAAUUUUCACAAUUACACAUUGAUUUCAUUGAAUGAAGAAUUUAAUCGUGGCCGAGGACUCGAUGUGGGUGCGAGAGCUUGGGACAAGGGAGAGGUCUUGAUGUUUUUCUGUGAUGUCGAUAUAUAUUUCUCAGCAGAGUUUCUUAACAGUUGCCGAUUAAAUGCUGAACCAGGAAAAAAAGUUUUUUAUCCAGUGGUGUUUAGUCUUUAUAAUCCUGCUAUUGUUUAUGCCAACCAAGAUGUGCCACCACCAAUUGAUCAACAAUUAGUCCACAAAAAAGACUCUGGAUUCUGGCGAGAUUUUGGUUUUGGAAUGACUUGUCAAUAUCGAACAGAUUUUCUGACUAUUGGUGGAUUUGAUUUGGAAGUAAAAGGAUGGGGUGGAGAGGACGUUCAUCUGUAUAGAAAAUACUUACGUGGUAAUCUUAUAGUUAUUCGGACCCCUGUUCCUGGUCUUUUCCACCUGUGGCAUGAAAAGCACUGUGCUGAUGAGCUGACUCCAGAGCAGUACCGCAUGUGCAUCCAAUCUAAAGCCAUGAAUGAGGCUUCUCACUCGCACCUUGGGAUGCUGGUCUUCAGGGAAGAGAUAGAGACUCAUCUCCAUAAACAGGCAUAUAGGACAGAUAGCGAACCUGCUGGAUAAAUCACACCAUCAUUUAAUACAUUAUAAUCUGAAAAACAACCAGCACUAUAUUCAUUUGCCUUAAUCAGUUUACAGAUGCAGUGCCUCUCCAAGAAGAACUUUUAUCUUUCAGAUCCUCUGUGCUCAACACAAUUCAAUUAUCUGAAAUGAGAAGAAAAAGCAAGUGUUUAAUUGAAAUCUUUAGGUUUGUGAGAAUACAGCAGCAAAGACCAACUGCCAAAUUUGUCCAGUGAGAAUUGAAUAUUUUCCACCCCAAGUUGUUAUGCUGUCUAUCUCAGUUGUGGUACUGUGCUAUUAGACAUGACUUAAUUAUGUCUUUGCAUUUGAUCACUUUAAUUUCUAUCCUGCUGAUGGCAUUAGGAUCAUAUUUAUAUUUAGAAGAGAGCAUGUUUUUCAACUGAAUAGUGUGAAGGACCAUGCUUGUUUGUUUCUGAAUGAGAUUUGUGGUGAAGUACUUGAUUGGUCGUCCUAAGAAAAUGAAAAGCCAAAGUAGUUAGCAGAGGCUAAAUGGCUCACUCUUGGUCAAUCUGCCAGGAAUGACAGUAACAGAAAUUAAUGUGCCAUUACAUUCUUUCAUUACAAUUCAAGGUUUGUAAUCAUAUAGAAAAAAGUAGUUACAGUAUUUUUAUGUUUAGAAUAAAGUAUAUUAAAAUUUUUGAAUAAUAGUAUUAUGGAACAUUAGUUGAAAGGAACUUUAGAGAUCAUGUAGUUCAAUAUCCUUAUUAUACAACUGAGGAAACAAGUAAUUUGCUUGAAGACAUGCAACUAGAUAAGUGGAAGAAAGGACCAGGAACUAGUAGUUUCUCUUCAUUCUCAGUCCAGUACUUUUACCCCUACACUUGAUGCCUCCACAGAAGAACCUUUAAUUCUGGUGGCAAAUAGUUCAGUUAUCUACACGAACAACAUUUGCUUAUGUAAGCUAAGCAAACUGUCCUGUUGUGUGAACUUUGAAUGUAUAAAGACUAUAAAUGAGUAGGCUUUUUUUUUUGUCUUUGUAACGCUAAACAUAACAAGGGAAACAACCAUUUAAUAAUGCCCAUUUUCUGAUGUAGAAAUGUACUGCUUCUUUGGGAAAACUUGCUUGUAUAUUCUCUUUGGGUUAAUCAUUUAGAACUUCACAGGAAAUGACAGUUUAUUGCAAUAAGUAUUUGAUUUGGAAUAAUAGAAAGUGAACAGUGUAACAUGAUGAAAUAGCUCAAAAAUUUAAAAGAUAUAUUUUAUUAAAGUAUAAAUUAUAAAUGGAGAUAUAGAUGAGUAUUACCGAGACAUAAUAUAAUGAUUUAAAAAUCAGACUUAUGGUAAACCUUAUAAUACAUCACAGAUAAAUCAUUACUAUAACAUCAACUUAUAAGAAUUGUUUCAUCUAGAAGUUGGAAAUAUGUCAAGGGAAUGCUUCAUUUUUAAAACCUUCUGUUUGAAAAAGGUACUGAUUUUAGAUUGGAUUCCCCUUAUUUUCACUAAGACUGAAAAUUUAAAGCAAGAAAUAAUUUGUACUUUUUAUUAAGUAAGAAUCACACUAUAUUUGAAUUGUUAAAAUUCCAAAUUAGUGAGGUCUGUUAGAUUUUACUAUAGUUUUGAUCAAUGUGUAAUUUACCUCUACUUGAAUGAAUUCAGAUUGAGGCAUUUAAAUAAGAUAUGAAAAAUGUACUGUUAAAAAUUAUUCUGUACAUUCUUUGUAUAUAAAUUGCCUGUUAUUUAUUGUGAAGAUAAGUGUAUUAUGGUAUUUAAGAUGAAAGAAUGUAAUCAUUUGCAAAGGUAAGCUGCAACUAUUUCUUUUUUGUAUGUCAAAAUUAGGUACCUUUUCUGCAUUUGAAUAGCUUUUUUAUUUAAGUAUGAAAAAUUAUGAAAUUGAAACAUUACUAUGUUUUCAUCAUCGUACGGUACCAGUAAAGUAUUUUUAUUAUCAACAA